AUGGGCGCCGAAUACAGCGCCCCCAUCCAGCCACACGACCCGGUGCGCGACGGGCCCUGGCCGUACGAGACCAUACUGAGCUACUACAAGAUCACGGUGAAGCGGGUGCCCGAGCUGCCGCCGCGGAUGCAGCAGGCGACGUGGGACCUGCUGGUGGACGACGCAUCCGCGUCCCCGUUCGGCCGUGAGCACCGCGUCUUCCGCUUCGAAGUCACCUCCGCCUUUUGGUGGGACAGUGGCGCCGCCGACGACAGCAGCAUCCCGCGGUACAUGGUGGGCUGGGCGGACCCGGCGGCCGGCUGGAUCGUGGUGAGCAGACGCACGCACUCGGACUUCCAGGCGCACCCGGCCGGCCGCGGCGGCCACCCGCCCAGCCUGCGCCUACCGCGGUCCGCCCUGAUCCCGGCCUGCUGGGCCGCCGUGGCGCGCGAGGUGGGCGGGGCGUGGCCGCCGCGCGCCGUGGUGGUGCAGCUGGGCGGGCGCGAGGACCGCGACGACAUGGCGCUGGUGGACCGCCUGGCCGAGCGGCACCGCUGCGGGCACGCCUCCAUGCCCGUGUGCCCGCUCAGCGGCGACGCCGAGGUGGCGGGCGACUGGGUCUUCGAGGCCGAGGGCUGGCACCUGGAGCCCAUCGGCCUCAAGGAGUCGGACAGGCCGUCGCCUAUGGAGCUGCUGCAGCGGGGCCACGUCGGCGGCGGGCUAUGCACCGUGCUGCUCGAGGAGCACGACGACUUCUCGGGGGCCCUGCCGCGGUCCAUCGCCUUCUACCGCAAACCCGACGGGAAAGAGUACCUUUUCCAUCUCGAGAUGCUACACGAGGCCGACCACCACGGGGCCGACGAGCUCGCAGACCUGAGGCGUGCCUGGAGGGCGGCGAACCCGCCUGUGGCACGGCAGAGGGUCGAGCCAAGUUUCAUGGGUGUUUGUGCAAACGGCUUGAGUCGUCACGCAUAG